AUGCGGGUGAACAUUUCGAGUACGGCCGUCGGACCGACGCGCUUGCGUCUUCUGAUUGGGAGACAAGGGUCAGUUCCGCUUCCAACUGAAAGCUUUCGAAGCCAAGUAGAGUUCUUUGAGACUUCUUUUGGCACAAUUGAAACUGGUCCUGCUGGAGAGUACCACUGGCCCGGUCCUGAACUGAAUCUGACGGAGGCCGUUUUGGAUAUCAUCUCACCUCGCACCUUCCUUCUUCCAAGUACUUCUUUCAUGGUGCGACUGUCACUUGAGAUCCCGGAAGGUAGCUCAGCUCCUACAAGCUUUCUCAUUAUGGCGCGGCCCUUUACAUCAUGGUCUUUACACCCACCAGCGGCCUCAGUGAUUGCUCCUGGACAGGAAGACCAAACUGCUUCCUGCGUGAACGACAUUCGCUUGUCACCCAUGAUAGACUUUCGAUGCUAUUGGACAUCCUUUGGACAGGCUGAGGAUGGACGCCGGCUCAGCGCAAAUGGAGUCAAGCUGAUCUUUGACAUCCUUCCUUUGACAUCCUUAAGCUUGGAGUUCUCCGUGAGCUCUCCUGCCCUUGGAUCAUUUGAAAAAUGGCUAGUAGUUGCCUUGGAAGGGGAUGGCCGUGCGACCCUGAACUCGAGCCAACCAGCACGAGCUGUCUCACAGAGUGCACAUGGCAUACUUGUCCAAGCUGCACCCACAACAGAAGUGCUUUCUUAUACAUCCAGUGCUAUUUCCACACUCAACACCUUGAGAGUUCGGGUGAUACCUGGAAUCACCAUUCACGGACAAUCAACCCAGACAUUAGACUUGGGCUACUUGCAAAUAUAUUUGCCAACGGUGAUGGGACAGAUGCGCUCUUGCCAGCUGGAACCUCUUGAGGCCUGGAGUGGGUCAAUAUCAUUUGCAGAGAGCUUCCUGACUCAGCUGAACUCAGAGGAGAAGACCUGCAGCAUCAUUGCAAGUUCCCCCAGUCUUCACUUUUAUGCCCAGUCUUCUUACUUCAUUGUCGUUAGCUUCUACAACGCUCCAAUCCCUUUUCGAGGUGAUGAAUACGCAUGGACCCUGGAGCUACGGGCACCGCAGAGUGCAGCACUGUCCUUUCCGAUUCCGCCGCCGUUUGAUGUGGUCAGCGCUUUCACCCUCUUCCGAGUGAGGAUGUCUAGAUUGGCUGUGUCACAAUCCCAAAAUCUGGAUCAGCUAGGGCUGGUGCGUAUCGACUUCCAACUUGCAGGCGAAUCCGAAGGUUAUGAGAGUGAUGAGCCAGUUUUGUGCUUGCUCGUAAGACCACCAACAGGUUUCUAUUUGGGAGAUGGACCCGCAUGUCCAAGCUUUCAGAUUCACACAGGGUUGCCGGCCACAACUUGUACUGUGCAGGGCCUGUCAAUGAGCCUUUCCUUCUCUUCACGCCUUGUUCCAGGUGUCCAGAUGGCCUUUUCGAUAGGUCUUUGGAACCCUACGGCCGGCUUUGUUUUGCAAGGCUACGAUACACUCUCCUGGGCCAUGGAGUCACGCUACAGCAGCUGUGCUGCCGGGGGGCGAUUGCAUGCACAACGGGUCGGGCAGUCCUCCCCUUUUGGCUCCUGGCCACAGAUCUUGUAUCCGCUUUCUUUGGAUAUCAGCCGAAUCAGUGCCAGUAGCAUGACGGUUGGAAGCGAAGCCAGUAUCAAAGUGCAUUUUGUGUUGCCUGUGCCAGUGCAAGCCGGAAGCCGACUCCUAGUUUCUGCACCAUAUGAGUGGAAAGAGACCUCGAACAUUGAGACCUCCGCAGCACUGACCGGAGCAUCAGCCUCUUGGACCCUCCAGCUGCCUGAAAAGGCGGACCAUGCGACCGAGCUGUUGAUGGAAGUUGAUGCACCUGGCCUCUUGUCGUUGGUGACUUAUGGAUUUGUGGCCACAGUGAUUCACCCUGUCACUGUGCACUUAGAAGAUCCACCAUGGUGGAGUUUGGAGGUUUUCGGAAGUGUGAGCUUUGGCAAAGGAUAUCGCGAGGAUCCCACCACUUUGCUUCCUUUCGAUACUCGCUUUGCGGCAGGCACUGUGCCAGGGUAUAGCUUGCGAAGACUAUGCGAAUGUGAGGUCAUUCCCUGGAGGAACGAAAUUGGAGGUAGCAGUCCUGUUUUGCUGCGCUUUUUCGUGACAGUGGCCAUCGAGCGGACUCUGGUGGUCCCUGUACUGGUGGUCUCACCCCCGUUGGCUUUCAGCUUCACUCAACCCUGUGAAGCCCUUGCACCGCGUCCAAGUUCCGCAGAGAUGUCUCGCCAGCCACUGGAAGGGAUUUGCAAGAACAACCCGACCAAUACGAAAGUUUGGGUUGAGAUCAGCGAAAGCGUUGCAGCCUUCGUGCCAUAUGUGCUGGAGAUUUGGAGUCUGCAGAUGCCGAAUCAACUAGCGGUGAUUGGAAACGUGUGGACAUUGCAUUUGCAGAGGAAGAUCGAGCUCGCGGACCAGACGCUGCCGCACGGCCAGGAGGUGGCUCAAUGUGACCGUCAAGGUUUUGGUCCUGCUUGGCCAUUGCCAAAGGCUUUGGUGGACUUCCGCUAUGCCUCCUUCCGCCCCUCGGCUAUGUCGCAGGUCACUUUUCUCUUCGGAACGCCUGAACCGACCAUGGGGGACUUUGUCCUUGGCAUUGAUGGGCCUGUGGGUGCCUCAUUUCCACUGGAUUGCAGCUCCUCCAUGGUUGAUUUGGUGGCAAAUUUGGCAUCUGCUGCCCUGCCUGGACGAUUUCUGUCAUGUGUUGGGCGUGGUGGAGAUAGCGACAGAGCAUUGGCUCGGCUGUCCUUUCAGGAUCAGGGAUUCGGUGGCUUGGUGGUGGGAGAAAUCUAUGGCCUUACUCUUCAGGUCAUGAAUCGGCCCUUCAUUAGUGGCCUGUCAAAGCACUCCAACAGCUGGCGCAUCUCCAUUAGUGACCCAUUGUGGUAUGCAAGUGAGGCGAUUUCAGCUGGCCUGCCGUCCUAUGACAUGACUGAACCUGCAGCAAUAGACUUCCGAGUCUCCAGUCAAAGAUCUACAGAUCCUCACUCACUGGUUGGGCCUGAAAAAGCCAACGUCACCCUUCGCUUUACCCUGCCAGAGGCGCAGCCGGCUGGCACUGAGCUUUGGAUCUUGGCGCCAGCUGACAGCUUCAGGUUCACGAGGCCCUGCCGCAUUGGAAGGCCGGAUCAGCUGGACUGGGUGCCAGACGCACGUGCCUCGCAGACCGAACAGGUCUUCACUGGAAGCUGUGCGCCUUCCUGUGUUUUCUUGGCCCCGGAGACUUGCGACGUGGGGCCUGAGACUGUGGCGAAAGUGGUCAUGGGACUUGAACUGGAGGCAACCAUUUCUUAUUGCUUUGCGAUUGAAUGCUUGAGCCCGGAGCAAAGUGGCCUGGGGUUGUGGACCCUGGAGUUCCGGAGCUCCAGAGGAGAGCUGCAGGAGUCGACUGGGCCAGUCCUUGGUCCUCAGGCUGGUGCCAUGGGCUUGCCCACCGCUGCAUUGGGCCACGAGUUUGUGGUAUCACCUUCCACCCAAUCUAGAGCUGCCAUUGUGGUCACACUGACCUUUACAUUUUCUUUGCCACUUCCAUAUGGAGGCUCAGUCACCAUCAUUCCGCCGGCAAUUGCUGGGCAGUUGGCCUAUCAUGCCAGCACAAAUGCUGCGGAUGUUGAUGCUGACUCCGUGCCCUUGGCCAAGGAGAUGGACCUGGGUCGCAUUGGUGUCCCAUUCUUCGAUUUUUCCUCGAGCUGCAGCAUUUUUCAGAAUAUGACGCCACUUCCAUAUCCUUGGUCUUGCUCCAAUUCCAUGAGGGCUAUGGCCUUGUCUUCCGAAGGUUGGAGAGCAUUCCAGAGAUACAGCUUUGUCUUGAGAGAGGUGCCUGCUGGGGCAGUCACCGGAGCCAUGCGUUUGCAUCAGGACUCGCUGCUGCCAGCAUUCACUUUGCUGGCAAUCGCCUCAACCACAGAAACUACGGCCCUGGGUGCAGAGCGAUCAGCAGUUCUGGCCAUGGGCAAGGCACCGGGAUGGCUCCUGGCAACUGAACUUCGAGUCCAGGAUCUCUCCAUGGAACAACCGUUGUUGAACACCCGGGGAUUCUCGAAGCUUUACCUCGUAGUUCGGCUCUUAUCGCCCCUUUCGGAGCGGCAAGCCCGCUUGGUGGUCCGAUCCCCCCCUUGGUUUCGCACUGCUUGGGAUUCCUCGAGCGCUGCACAGAGCAGGCCUCAAGGUGCUGGCAACGGGCCAGAUUGCCAGCCCAAUCUUGAUGAUCUACCAGCAUGCUACUCCAUGCAGUGCUAUGUCAACGUUUUGAAAACCGGGCAGAAUAUUGCUAUGCCACACUGUGGCGAGCCUGCAGGCUGUUGUUAUGGCCUUGGUACUGCUGGCGCUGCUUCUUAUGUGCAGUUGCUGCCAACCUCCACAUCCACACCCUUGCUGCCGGGGACGCGCCUAGAGGUGACGUUCCUGGAGGUCCAGACCUCCACGGCUUGGACGGCAGACGGCCCGACGGCGUGGACGCUGGCGACGGAAGUGUUGGAAGGUCAUACCUACGAAGUGGUGGAUGAAGCGCAACAGGAUUCGCCAGAGCUGUUCGAGGGCGUGCGACGAGCAGUUGUAGAGCCAACCUACAGCUUUCUAUCCUAUGAUCGGGAACUGGUCGUGUUGCUCUUCGAAUUGGAAACUGCGUUGCCCAGGGAAGGGGCGCUUCUCACCUUCUUGGCUCCACCUGGCUUUGUUUUUCAGUCGGGGCCCUUGGAGUGGAGCACUUCGGUGGCACGCCUCACCUACAUGCGAGCGUGGAGUAAAUCUGGUCUACCUGAAAGCCAGGCCUUGCAGGGCAAUGGCAACAUUGCGGCCCAUGCUCUUCCUGCAGGUACCCUGGUGAAUCUCCAUGGGCCAAGGCUUGACUUGGAGAUUCCUGCAACAAUUGGCGGAGGAAGCUUGCUGGAACCCUUGGCACCCUACUCUUUCCCAGCUUAUGCAGACACCUCAGCUGCGGAGCGAGCCGAUUUGGGACCAUCUGAGAUUUGGACCUUGCCAGAUGAGAGCUGUGCAUGCGCGGCCCAAUGCCGCAGCUGUGCCUCGAUGUUGUUGGUGAUCCCUCCAGUGGGCUACGUCUUUCCAGAAAACUGCGAAGCAGCUCAGGAGGCGCGGGCUGCGAUGGACAUUUCUCGCCCAACCUCCACGCUGCCGCCACCUUUCGAAUGCCAAGGAGUUACGAUGGGUGCCUAUUCAAAUGCCUCCUUGAUUCUCCUUGAGGCCGAGGAGAGCUUUCGGACUGGGAUGCUGCUGAAAGAUCAGGAGUAUGAGGUGUGGCUUCGAGUUCGCAAUCCUUUGUUCAAUCCUGACGGAGCAGAAAACAAGUGGCGGUUCAUGACCCGCUGGGCUGAGUCCGCAUCAUCGUACGUGACGCUUCAUGAGGCUGAUCUGCCGGGUUUCAGGCAAUCUGGUCCCUGA